UUGAAAAAUCAGGGAGGGGAACAGGGGCAAAAAAACAGAGAGAGAAAAAAGGAGAAGUAUCUAUUUCAGCAGACUGCGACGAGUAAAAAAGUGGAAGAGUCGUCCAGAGAGGAGCCAACGUCUCGCUUGUCUGGGGAGAUUUCAAGGCGAAUCCAGUAAAGCAAAGUCCCCCAAACAGGCAGUGAAUGGAAAAUGCCACGUUCCUUUUUGGUGAAGAGCAAAAAGGCUCAUACCUAUCAUCAACACCGCUUUGUGGAAGAUGACCUGCCUAUACUCACGUGGGAUCCAAUAACCUCUCCCUUCACUGCCAUAGGAGACAAGACCCCGGAGGACAUCAAGAAACAGGACCUAGAAUGUGUGGUUCCAAAACAAGAAAAGGACCCACCUGAACUGAAAGAAGAAAGUGUCCCUGUCCAGUAUCUGAGCAGGAUGCUGCCAGGCCCUUCAGCUCAAGAGACGAGCGUCCCAGGUCUGCAGAUCAAAGACUGCAUUAACACGACAAGCACCCCUACCUUCUACAAAACCGGCUUUUCUUGGGAUGCUUUCCAUUUGCCAUACAGCUACCGACAGAUGUCUUCCACCAUGCAGUCAGCCCUCUUGGAGCACCCAGUUAGCCUGUAUGGAAGCCACCUCCUGCCAAGCGCUGAGCCACCUCUAGAUUACAGCAUGCAUUACUCCUCGGACAUGGAGACCUACCACUGUGUGACGUGCAACAAGGUAUUCUCCACUCCUCAUGGACUGGAGGUCCACGUCCGAAGAUCUCACAGUGGGACCCGUCCCUUUGCUUGUGAAGUAUGUGGCAAAACCUUCGGACAUGCUGUAAGCCUGGAGCAGCACACCAAUAUUCACUCCCAGGUGGGUAGCAUGUUUGCAUGUUUCCAGAGAACGAAAAAAAUCAAACGUUCCUCCACCCUCUCCACUCAUCUACUGAUCCAUUCAGACACACGGCCGUAUCCCUGCCAGUACUGUGGCAAGCGCUUCCACCAGAAGUCGGAUAUGAAGAAACACACUUACAUCCACACUGGGGAGAAGCCCCACAAAUGCCAGGUAUGCGGCAAAGCCUUCAGCCAGAGCUCCAACCUCAUCACUCACAGCCGCAAGCACACUGGCUUCAAGCCCUUCAGCUGUGAGCUCUGUGCCAAGGGCUUCCAGCGCAAGGUGGAUCUGCGGAGGCACCGAGAGACCCAACACAGUCUCAAGUGAGGGAUGGCUCCACGUCUUUGCUGGAGCUCCCACUGCCAGUGCAUGCUCCAGGGAAGACGAUUCUCCCCAGCAUCUCCAUCCAGCUUGGGGCUGCCGACCUCCUAAAGCUUGUGUAGCUUCCUGUUCCCCUGGGGACUGCAAAGUCAUGUCAUUGACCUUGAUAUUCUGGCACCCCAGGGCCUUGCACAUCCCAGUAGGUGACAAAGAAACCUGUGGGACCUCUCACUUUUCAAUUACAACAGGUACCAGCCCAGAUCUGAGACCACCUGCUCAAGUACAAAUCCAGAGGAAUUCCUCCAAGGUCACUAUUACUCUGGUUUUACACCACAUGCAGAAUUCGGUUCAUCAAGACUGACCAGCAGUGAGGUGGGAACUCCUGGACUAGUGGCAGGAACAAUCUGUGCCAAGCUAGUGCUGUAACCAUGUGCUGCUUUGAUGGUUAGGAAAAUAAGGCUGGGGUAUGCAAAUAGAUUGCAUUCAGUGAGCUGUGUUCAACCUGGACAGGGCUUCUGCAGAGACUUGCCCAGGUCAUAAAUUCUGGCAACAGACACCUAAAGUAAUUUUCUUUCAGCAGAGCAUUUACUGUGAUCAAAUGACAAGUUAACUGUAUUGUAUUUUUAGCUUGGAGUGGGAGGAAAAUACUGAAAAAACAGCUCCUAUCCCUAGCUGAUAACAGGGGUCUCUAAAUGCAUUCCUCAUAUGCACCAUACUGCAAAGAUCCCUGGGUUAGUGGCAGCCAAGCGACCUCCGGGAGGAGCCAUGCCACAGCACUAGGCAUAAGCUAAUGAGCCCCAUGUCUCAGAACCAUGUGAGAGAGACUGGCUGCUCUUGGAAUCCGGGCUGGUAUGUCCCACAAUAUUUCACUGCAUGCUGGACAUACCAGUUUAGAGCUGUCCUGGGCAAUCCUGUGUCACUGCAUGGCCAGGAAUGGCUGUUGGGUAUCAAUGUCAUGGGUCAGAGUUCUGCUUUCCAGCCAUUCUCUUAAAGGAAGAAGGGACCUAGGCUGUACACGUUGCCACAGUACAUGAGCACCUUACAGAUAGUAUUCAAACAGAGCAGUGGUAUUUGCUCUUCCUUCUUCCAGGUCUAGGGGUUGAAGCAAAGCACUGGAACAAGUAAAGACCCAGUUCCCCUCCAAGCUCCGCUACAUUCUCACUAUAUAACCUUUGGCGAGUCACUGCACUGGGCUUUUAUUUUUCUACCCCUCCUGGUGAUGUGGAGUCAUUCACUCAGGUCUGUAGAGUCCCUUGAGUUCUUAACAGGAAGGACAAAGUAUUAUUACAGCAUUAAAAAGACAAGUGCUCUCAGUUAAGCAGGGCACUGUAGCAGCACACAGCCCCAUCAUAUUCUAUGAUUCACUCCAUAACUACAUCCCUGGACACGCAGCCUUGGACAAUGACACCAAUGGGAAGUAGCCUGGAGAACGGGCUGCGGCACUAGCCAUUUCACUCCAAAUACUUAUGAAGGAAGGCUACCAUCCUGGGCAAAGAAGAAACGGUCCAAGCGGAAAAUUCAUUUCUGGCCAGAAGAGAAGUGGUCUGUCCUACCCUCAGUUACACUGCUGUAAAUCCAAAGCCAUUCUCCUGACUAAGACCUAAAAUGUACUCACCCCUGCUUUAUGUUGUGCCUAACCUGUUAGUCAUUAAUAUGCAUCCUAGAAGUUCAAAACAGAGUCUGUACUCCUGGCUUUACUUGUACACUGUAAAUAUGUAUUUAUAUUAUUCUAAUGUAUAUUUUUAUUGCACUAUACCAGACAGCAACAACACGUACAGGCCUGCUGGGAUUUAUCUGAUAAAUCUGUUCCCUCUCAGUAACUGGGCUAACACACUGUAUUUCACGUUAAAAACAUCCAUUUCAGGAAAAACUCAUGCUUAGCUCUGGAG